GUUUGUUCUAUGCUUCGUAUUGCAAAAAGUAAAAUAAGUGUUGUUAUAAACAAAUAACUGUUAGGCUUCGGAUGGAAUUGAGAAAAUAUUUUUAAAAUGUUGAAAAUAUAUGAGAAACAUGUCAAUUAAAAGUAGACAUGUGAUAUAAUGAGCAACGGACGUAGCCAGCUUUGGCGACGUCGAAGUAGUACAACAUGGAUUCGAGCUGGUUUGAUAUUAUUUGUAGUAAUAUUUGUAUGGGUUCAAGUAAAUUUCUUGGAUUUUGGUACAUCCCAGUCACCAUAUUCGGAAAUAAAUGACUCUCAAGCAGCUAUACUUAGCAUGGUUCCCGCUGUUUUGCACAAAUUUUUAUCACCGCAGCCUAAAAAUUUUACAGUCAUAGGUCCAAACGGAACCUACAGUAACAUAGGUUAUUUCAAGACUAUACUCAACAUUUCAGAAAUCAAACGAAAUAUAGCACAAUAUAAUCAGCAACAACUUGUUUACAACGAAGAUACUUUUGGACCUCUGCAGAACGACUCUAUAGUUAUUGUUGUACAGAUUCAUGAUCGAAUAACAUAUUUGAGGCACCUCAUUGUGAGUCUUGCACAAGCCCGAGAUAUUUCACAGGCAUUGAUUGUCUUCUCUCAUGAUUACUAUGAUGAAGAAAUAAAUAGCUUGGUACAGAGCAUAGAUUUUUGCAAGAUUAUACAGAUAUUUUAUCCAUUUUCCAUACAAACUCAUCCCCGCGAGUUUCCCGGUGAGGAUCCCGCUGACUGCCCAAGAGAUAUUAAAAAAGAAAAGGCAUUGCAAAACAAAUGCAAUAACGCCUUGUAUCCAGACCUAUAUGGUCACUAUCGAGAAGCAAAGUUUACUCAAACAAAGCAUCACUGGUGGUGGAAAGUGAAUCAUGUGUUCAAUCAACUAGAGGCCACGAGAAAUCACACCGGACUAGUGUUAUUUUUAGAAGAGGAUCAUUAUGUUGCUCAAGAUUUUAUACAUGUUUUAAAACUUAUGGAAAAAACUUGCAGGGAGGCUUGUAGGCAUUGCAAUAUUUUAUCUCUAGGAACAUAUUUAAAAACUUACAAUUACUAUGGUGACUCAAAAAAGAAAGAAGCUUUGCGCGCUCUCAAAGAGCAAUCGGUAAAACAGUUGGGCCAGAUUCAGCCAUCAUGGACUUUUCAGGUGUUACCGUCUUUGUAUCAGCACUCGCAAAAGGUAGAAAUUACUCCCUGGAUAAGCAGCAAACAUAAUAUGGGAAUGGCGUUCAACCGAAGUACUUGGAAUGAAAUUGUGAAAUGUGCGGCUUAUUUUUGCAAAUAUGACGAUUACAAUUGGGACUGGUCUCUACAACACAUCUCGCAGAACUGUUUGAAACAAAAACUACACGCGAUGGUGGCUAGAGGGCCGAGGGUCUUCCAUAUUGGAGAAUGCGGUGUACACCAUAAAAAAAAUAACUGUGCGUCGACGUCUGUAAUAUCCAAAGUACAACAAGUGCUGAAAUCAGCAAAAAGACAUCUGUACCCAGAUUACUUAAUACUCACUUAUACUACAGUUCUGAAGAAAAGUAAGCUAAGAAAAGGGAAUGGCGGAUGGGGGGACCAUCGUGAUCAUAAAUUAUGUAUGAGUAUGACCAUAAGAUAAACGUUAAACUGUAUUUUAUUUUGGCUCUUCAAAUUUGUACUGUUUCUAAAUACUUCUGUAUUAUUUUUGAAUAGGAAGUGAAAACCCCACUAUUUCAAUGAAUAAGUGAUAUUUGAUAAAGGUGUGUCAGUUUUAUUCUAGCUUUAAUUCGAUACGAAAUGCAUAAAGGCUUCUGUGAAAAGGUGAGCUUCCAGAGGUAAACAGGAAAUCAACGGUCUAGGUUUAAGUUUUGUUAUUAUUUAUGUUUGUUAUAUACAAAUUCGUGUAAAGUUGAGUUAAAAACCAUAUGAAAAAUUUGAUCUUUCCCUUAUUAUUUAAAUAAUAGAUAUUAGAAUGUAAAAUUUAACUGAACCUUACUGAAUAAUUUUUUUCUAGUCCAUUGUUAAAGAGUCUAAAAAAUAAUUUUUAGUUGUGCGUUUAUUUAUUUAUGUUGGUUCUGUUAUUAAAAUAUGUGAUAUUUUGUAUUUGUUGCCUAAGGUAUGUUUUUUUUUAUUAAUUAUAAUUUUAUGAAAUUAUGAUUGGUAAUUGAGCGCUAGUUUACUCGAGUCAAUUAGAAUUUGAAUCUCUCUUUGGCAAUGUUGUGGUGGCUGAACCAUAACUUUGCAAUAUUUGCACAUUGCACACUUAUUUUUUAUUUAAUAACACUGCUCUUCUUACCUCUUAAGCCUAUCAAAUAGGUUUUUAUAUGUCAGAACCCAUAAUAUUCAAAAUUAAUUGCUUUUAUUUUUUAUAAAUCGUGUACGGGCAUUUUUCCAUAAGCAAAAUAAAAAAAAAUCA